AUGAAUACCACCUUUUGGAGGCGUUACAAGUUGGGGUGUUUUCUUCCUCCUAAUAUCCCGAUUCCUCUCAAGGUCAAGGGUUCUUGCAAAAUCUGCAAUUUGAUGGAGAUAGAGAAGAUGGAAAACACCACCGAUGAUGAGAAGACGACAUCCCUAAAAGCGAGCAUUCUCUCCAAAUAUGACGAAGUCUUUCACGCUCAUACUUCAGAUAUAAAAAAGGUGAAUGAGAAGAUAACUAUUGACUGUGAGAAGUUUCUUCAAUACUAUGAAGAUAGUUGUUCGCAAAUGGAAGCCUCAAGCAAAUCUCUGCAACAACAAGAAUACGAAAUAACAAAAAAAUAA